AUUCAGAUCCUUGUCUUGAACUGCAAAUUAUUUUUUUUUCAUUAGUUCAAGAUCCAGAGAGCCUUUGGGAAUACAGACUCUAAAGGCCCACCUUUCCUAUGACGUUCAGCAGCCUUUGGAAAGCUCUGAACCGGCCCUGUGCGCUGUGGGAUCUCCAGACACUGUGGUGAGGGGGUAUCCAGGAGGAAUAGCAAACAUGGCUGUGCACUGGGACUUGAAGGAUGGAAACCACUUCCUGAGGAUGGUCACCUGGCAAGACAGGAGCCUCGGUCUGUGAUGGCACUACCAAGAUGCUGUAUCAGCCCAGGACGGCCUCCCUCCCCUGAUCUUCUUUUAGGCUAAUAUCCCACACCAUGGAUAACUUAUUGGACUUUGCCUGAAAGGAGUCAUUAGUGCCAUUGGAUAUUUGACCAUCCUGGCCACAGGUUUUUUCAGAAUGAAUGGAAGGUCAUGCAGCAUGAGUCUCCACCGGACAUCAGGAACCCCACAGGGGCCCGGGAUGGUCAGUGGCCAACACAUUCCUCCCAUCCGAGCCCACUCUGGGACUCCUGGUCCCUCGUCCUGUGGCAGCACAGCGAGCCCUGCCCUUGGAAGCCUUGCUAACAGCCUCCAUCUCAAGAUGCCCUCAGGAGGAGGGACGGCUCCUCAGAGCAACAUGGCCGAGAGCCCCCUCCAUCUGCCUGCCUUGAGCCCCAGGAGACAAGUGCUCACCAAUGGGAAGCCACGAUUCCAGGUCACCCAGGCUGGAGGCAUGUCAGGGCCACACACUUUAAAGCCAAAGCAGCAGGAGUUUGGAAGUCCUUUUCCUCCAAAUCCUGGGAAAGGGGCUCUUGGCUUUGGGCCUCAGUGCAAGUCCAUUGGAAAAGGCAGCUGCCACAAUCUAGUGGUCACCAGCAGUCCCAUGAUGGUUCAGCGACUGGGACCCAGUUCACCUCCAGCAAGCCAGGUCUCUACAGCAUGCCACCAGAUCAGUCCUAGCUUACAGAGGGCAAUGAAUGCUGCCAGCCUGCAUAUACCUCCUUCAGAUACCAGGUCCCUUAUUUCUCGUGAGUCUUUAGCGUCCACGACUUUGAGUCUGACAGAAAGUCAGUCAGCCUUGAGUGUGAAGCAAGAGUGGUCUCAUGGCUACAGGGCUCUCCCGUCGCUGUCCUCCAGCCACAGCUCCCAGAACGGCAUUGAUCUAGGGGACCUCAUUAGCCUUCCUCCUGGGACAGCCAUGUCCAGCAAUAGCAUCUCUAACUCAUUGCCGUCCUACCUUUUCAGCAUGGAAACCAGCCAUUCUCCUUACCCUAGUCCCCGGCACUCAUCGGCCAGGUCCCACUCAGCCCGCUCCAAGAAGAGAGCGCUGUCUUUGUCCCCACUGUCCGAUGGCAUUGGGAUAGACUUCAAUACCAUCAUCCGCACAUCGCCCACGUCAUUGGUUGCCUACAUCAACGGGUCGAGGGCCUCCCCGGCCAACAUGUCCCCCCAGCCCGAGGUCUAUGGACACUUCCUGGGGGUGCGUGGUAGCUGCAUCCCCCAGCCGUGCUCGGUGCCAAGCAGCCAGAAGGGCGUGCGGGUGGCCAGCGGUGGCCUGGCUCUCCCAGCCUACGAUGAGGACAGUGUGCUGGAGUAUGAGCGCAUGCAGCAGCUGGAGCAUGGAGGCCUCCAGCCAGGGCUGGUCAACAACAUGGUGGUGCAGCACGGCCUGCCCAACCCCGACAGCCAGCCAGGGGGCCUGCUGAAGACGGAGCGCCUGGAUGAUUUCCCGGGCGGCGCCCUGGAUCUGCCCCAUGAACCCCCUCUGCCUCCUCUGCCCCCACCUCCCCAGGGCCCGCCGCCCCCCUACCACUCUCACCCCCAUCUGCACCACCAGGAGCUGGUAGCCCGUGGCCAGCCGCUGGCCCUUCCCCAGGCUGCCUUGGAGGAAGACGGGGAGAUGGAGGACAUUGGGGGCAAACACUGCUGUCGCUGGAUCGAUUGCAGCGCCUUGUACGACCAGCAGGAGGAACUGGUGCGGCACAUCGAGAAGGUUCACAUAGACCAGCGCAAAGGUGAAGACUUCACUUGCUUCUGGGCCGGCUGUCCUCGAAGGUACAAGCCGUUCAACGCCCGGUAUAAACUGCUCAUCCACAUGCGGGUCCACUCCGGAGAGAAGCCCAACAAGUGCACGUUUGAAGGUUGCAAGAAGGCCUUUUCCAGGCUUGAGAAUCUCAAGAUUCACUUGCGGAGCCACACAGGCGAGAAGCCGUAUCUCUGCCAGCACCCGGGCUGUCAGAAGGCCUUCAGUAACUCCAGCGACCGUGCCAAGCACCAGAGGACGCAUCUGGACACUGUUUCCUCUGAAACAUUCCCAGUCUUUUCUGGACUUUCCUGCAGCUUCCUUAUACCUGAACUCUUAAAGAAUGUGUGUUUCCUAGUUUCUGACAGUACCAAAGAUUGUUUUCAGGGGAGUAUAACUAAACCUUAUGCUUGUCAAAUUCCAGGAUGCACCAAACGCUAUACAGACCCCAGUUCCCUCCGAAAGCAUGUGAAGGCGCAUUCUUCCAAAGAUCAACAAGCAAGGAAAAAGUUGCGGUCCAGCGCAGAACUCCAUCCCGACCUGCUCUCGGACUGCCUCACCGUGCAGCCCCUGCAGUCGGCCCCCUCCCCGCACGACGCUGCUGCUGAUGGGGCGGUGGGAUGCUCCCCCGGGCCGGGGCCUGACCUCUAUCCAGCCUCCAUCUUCGCCAGCGGUCAUUCGAGCCGAAGCGGAGCAGCUGCCGGGGCCGUGCCCCCCCCACACGCCGUCGGCCACCCUUCUCCGGGACAGAAUGUGCAGGGGAGCCCCCACAACCCCGCCUCCCAGUUACCUCCGCUCGCAGCUGUGGACACGGGGGCCGAGAGGUUUGCACCUUCUGCCCCAUCUCCUCACCACAUCAGCCCCCGGAGAGUUCCAGCUCCUUCUUCAGUGAUGCAGAGAACGCAGCCUCCCCACACCCAGCAGCCAGCAGGUGGGCCACACCUGAAGUCUUACCAGCCAGAAACAAACUCUUCCUUUCAACCAAAUGGAAUCCACGUCCAUGGAUUUUACGGGCAGCUGCAGACAUCCUGCCCCCCCCAGUACCCCGACUCCCAGAGAACCGUGCUGCCCAGCAGCCCCUGCGGUGGGGCGCCUUCCUUCGAGGACUGCCUGGCCCCCACGCCCAUGGGGCAGGCUGGCUUUGAUGUGUUCCACAGAGCCUUCUCCGCUCACUCGGGCAUUGCAGUGUAUGACCUGCCCUCGGCGUCCUCGAGCCUCUUCGGAGAGUCCCUUCGCAGCGGGCCUGAAGACGCCACGUUCCUGCAGAUCAGCGCCGUGGACCGCUGUCCUAGCCAGCUCUCCUCUGUCUAUACUGAAGGCUAAACGCUCCCCUGGCCUCCGCUCCCGCUGGCAUCCAGAACCUUUGUGUCGCUUGCCACCUUUUACUUUCCCGUUCUCGUAGACUGCGUGAAAAGGAUGUCCUCCUCCUCGCGGAGGCUGCAGACUCACAGAUGUGUCUCUGGAAGGCAGGGCUGGUCGGAGCCGGGCGUUGCCGGAACGUCUGCCGCUGCUGCUCCUCCUCUCUGGGCUUGCUGGUGACCAGCAGGACUGUCUUCUCAAAGGGAAUUUAGAGUCACUCUCCCAGAUACCUGUGACUUCCGGCUGUCAGCUCUCAGAGGACACCAGUGAAAUGAUGCGUGUGUGCAGAUACAGUCUGGGGACCACCCUUGCACAGACUCCAGAUGGGGAAGGACAAGCCCAAUUGCCAGAAGCACAGUGAACUGCCUCCCCCACGGCUCACCAUCCCUGCUGGCUCCUGCAAAACCAGGCAACGAGGGAAACCUGCCGCCAAAGCACAGCGUGGGCUCAGCUCCUGGAGCAGCCCCGGUUCCUGGCCCCGGCCCCAGCCUGGCAGCCCCAGGAGCGGCUGCCUCUCUCCUCUCACCAUGCCCGUGCUAACCAACUGCUUUGCAAUAUUUCUCCAAAAGCAAAAUAAGAAGGUUCUGUGAAGCACAGUCCUUUGAAAGGCACUACAACCUUUUUAUACUCCAGCAACUUAUCUUCCUUCUUUUAUUUUUAAAGACUUGUUAUUUACGUCUACUUUUAAAGGAAAAAAAUAUAUAGUGGUCUGUUCUUUGGAUGCAAAGAAUUCUUGUAAUCACCCCAGUCACGUCCAUUUUGCCACCGCUGUAGCUCGUCCUGGCCCCGGCUCACCGUGCCUGUGAGCCCCCCCGGGACAGUAGUUUCAUAUUUCACAAAAGCCACCUGAGGGAAACGGGGUGAGCCCAGCCCCCUCCCUGGGCUGUAGCAGAAAGGGACUCCACCUCGAAGACCUCAUUCCCUGGAAAAGAUCGCUCGACUGGUUGUCCCAUCGCCUCCGCUCGGCGCUGUGCUGUGCCGAGUCGUCCUCUGUAGGAGAUGUGAGAGCAGGGGCCCCUGAGCUGAGAUCUUGGGUUCUCUCAGAAAACCAAACUAGAGGUGCCCGAUGUCCAGUGAUUGUGCACAGCUUCUGCUCACCUCCUUUCGGAUACCUGCUCAUCCGUCUGUCUGUCUCUCCCCCGCACUGUCCUCUCCUCCUCAUUAUUCUCACCUCCUGCUCGUCUGCCUUCAGUCAUGCCCACCCGCCCUCGCCUGAUCAGCCCUCGCAAGGUCGGCCCUGAGGCAGGUAGAGGGAAAGUUCAGGGAAGGUAAGCAGACGUUAACUUUUUUCCUGAAACUCUCAUUCCAGGGCCUGGAAUGUUCACAGAGCUCUUGGUCGUUUGAUAGCAACCCUGAGUAGGAAGCCACUUUCUGGGAUGUGAUUACAAAGGUGUUAAAGAGAUCUAAAGUCUGACACGUAGGCCCUAAAAAGUAGCCAAACCCCAAAGACACGGGGUAAAGCCUGAUAUUCCAGGACUGUCACAUUUCAUUUUCUUUCCUCUCGUAAAGUCAAACAGGGCUCUUUGCCCCACUGAGAUCAUUACAGUCUCCAGGGAGAGUUCACCGGCGCGGUGUCACACUUGGGAUCUGGGGACCAUUUGUCUCCUGACAGGCAAGUCGUUGCAGUCGGGCUGCACGGCUGGACCUGAUCCCCACGUGCCACAGAGUGAGGGGACUAACGAGCCACGCAUGGGGGCCGCUUUUCCAGGUCCCGCGGUCAGUCCACUCCGUCGGACUCGUGAGCUCUGAUCUGAGAAAGGCCACCGUGCAGGCGUCCUGAGCUCAUAGGAGGGAGGUCACUCGCUUUACAAAACUCUGCUCCGCUUUGUGAGAGAAGGCUCCCCAGGCUUCCCAGUCUGCGGGUGGGCUGCCAGCGUCCUUGCAGACUCGGUGGGUUCUGCCCCUUGGUCUAAACCAGGACACGGGCGUGCUAAUGUUGCCGUCCCUCGUGUGUCCUAGGUGCCCCCAGAAAAGGGAGGCGAGUUCCUGUAGCCUUAGACAACGUGCCGGGCCUUAAAUAGGGAAGCCUCUCUGAGGAGCUCAGAGCGUACUUCCUAUUUUGUGUGACGAGGAGGAAAAAGAUGAAAAGCCAGGGGUUACUGCAGUGGCGGGAGCCCUGCCUUAUGGCUUUGUAUCGCGUGAAGUGGACAGAGGGAUGGAGGACAAAGCCAGAAGCCGAGCCUCAGGCAUUCUGGAUGUCACUUCCUCUCUGGCUGGAGGAGAUGUUCUGCCCCAGUGUCUGUCUGACCCUGGCCUCGCGGCAGCCCCGCCCCUCUCUUCCCUCACUGCUGCUUUUGGGGCGUUGGGUGGGGGGAGCUGCACCUGCAGGGCCUCCUUCCUCAGCAGGAAUGGAGACCAGCCCCGGGGGGCACUGGUGUGAGCAGAGGGAGUGCGCGGGAAGCAGGGCCCAGUGCAGCCUGCAAGCUCGUGUCCCCUCACGUGGCUGUCAGUGUUUCCUGGUGGCUGUGGCUCUGAGCUCAGCUCUCAGGGCCUGACACAGUCAGGUUCCUUGGAGACGGUGCGGGCCGUCCUUCGCUUCCAGAAUCUCACCUGACCUUCCGAUGUGUCCCUUGCUGGCUUUCACAUGGCACAGGGUUCAGAGAUGCGUUCAUCAUCGUGUGUGCAGCAGCGAAAGUAGAAGCUUCAAAAAAUUAAUUCCCUUCCAUUUCCUGGCCCUUUUCUACUUGAUAUACAACCAGCCAUUUUCAAAAACAUCUGAGCAGAGAUUGUCAUUCCCCCUUUUUGAAAAAAACAAAACAACAACAACAACAACAAAAAAAAACUGGUGCUUGUGAAAAUACACACAGCCCAAAGCCAAUUAUCCUAUUACAGUAAAAAAAAAAAAAAAAAAAAAAUCAGUCUGCUGAGAGACAUUUCAUUUGAGGCAUCCUCUUAAUUCCCUAAAGGGACCACUUCAAAAUGUCAGCUGUGAUUUAGCCACCCAUCAGCUGCUAAACAUUAUUAAGGAUUGUACUGGUCCUGUGGGGUGUCUCCCUUCACUAAAGCCCAUCUCCCCCAGGUUGCAUAGGUGAUUCAAAAGCAGACAGAAGGCCUUCAGAGGACCCACUGAUAGAACAGAGCAUUGGUGGUGUUGUGUUGUUUCUAAAUUCCCCGCUGUCAGGCACGUUACUGGGUUAGAGCAGAGGUAAAGGGCCAGCUCCCCCGCCCAAGAACCUUGAUCCUCAAGUCGCCCUGAAGUAUCGGGAAUAGUGACUGUAAAUGUCCAGUUUAAUUUUUUGGUAUUCUAUUUGACUGUUUGUGAUCUGUUCUAGCAGCAUUUUGGAAUGGCACUUUUUGUUGGUAGUGCGGGAUUUCUGCGGUUACUUUUUUUCUUUUUCUUUCGUUCUUUCUUUUUUUUUCUUGCAAUGGAUAAAGCAAAAGAAAAAAACAAAGCACCAAAAACCAGUCAUUGGAGAAAUGGCGAAUGUAAAAAAGACGAGAUUUAUUGUGUACAGACAGAAGACCAUCCUGUGUAAUGUUGCUGACAUAAAGCACUUUGGGGGGGAAAAGUGGAAAUCUGGUUUCCAUAAAUCACACAGACCCUUGUACAUGGCUAUACACUCACGUAGAGAAAUGAACUGCAUAUAUCAUACUGGAUAUGGGGCCGAUUUUUCUUUCGGGGCACAUCUGGUGCUUGUUGUCAUAAAUCUUUUAAAGAAUUAGGUACACUUUUUUUCUAUUAAUAUGUAUAGUUUUGUGAUUUGUCACAGUUAUGUUUCGUAUAAUCAUAAGUUAUUUUGUCUUGUUUCAUGAAGUCCUUUUUUUUUUUUUUUUAA